AAGUGUUGUGUGUCUGUGAGAUGCGAGACUUUCGCCUGCACAGCAGACCAAUUGGGCUUCUAGAAAGAUUGAUAUAGACUCUCUAGUCUAGAGUUCUCUUCUCCAAAACAGUCUAGACUCAGCUGAGUGAUGGGUAAUUCUACGGGCUGCACUGUGGACGACCUGCAGGCCAUUGAAAUGCAUCUUUGGUAUAAGAAGUUCAUGACUGAGUGUCCAUCUGGUCAGCUCACACUGUAUGAGUUUAAACAGUUCUUUGGUCUCAAAGGUCUGGAUCCAGAAGCCAAUGCCUACAUAGAGCAGAUGUUCCGCACCUUUGACAUGAACAAGGAUGGCUACAUAGACUUUAUGGAGUAUGUGGCAGCUCUCAGUCUAGUCAUGAGAGGCAAGAUGGAGCACAAACUGAGGUGGUAUUUCAGACUUUAUGAUGUGGAUGGCAACGGCUGCAUAGACAGACACGAGCUCCUAAAUAUCAUCAAGGCCAUCCGCGCCAUUAAUGGCAGUGAGACGCAGGAAUUGAGCGCUGAGGAAUUCACAAACCGAGUGUUUGAUAGGAUUGACAUCAAUGGAGAUGGUGAGCUGUCACUGGAGGAGUUUGUAGCAGGGGCACGCAGUGACGAAGACUUCAUGGAGGUGAUGAUGAAGAGUUUAGACCUCUCGCACAUAGUUGCCAUGAUCCAUAACCGGAGACACAGUGUAUAAGAGCCUGUCCACAUUCACACA